AUGCUUUCUUUAUACAGAAAUAGGGAAUUAAUUGCUUAUUUUCUGAAAAUUUCUACAACUUUUUCUCUUCCUAAUCGGUGUUUCUGUUCCUUAUCUGUUCAAAAGGAAAAGAAACUAAUUCUUUCAGAUUUUAUUGAAAUAUAUAAUAGGGAUCAAUGGUCAUUGGAAAUCCUUUCAAACUUUAUUGCAGAUUGUAAUAUUCAGCCAGACUUCAUCUCACAAGAUGAAGAAUGUCAACUUUUACAAGAAAUCGAACCCCAUAUGAAAAGAAUGAGAUGGGAGGAAGAACAUUGGGAUCAACAAAUUCAUUUUUAUCGCGAAAGAGAACAACUCAAAUAUUGUGGUGGAAUAAUAAGUGGAUUAUCCUUACUAUCUACCUCAAUAAUGCGGCUUGUUCAUACAAACCCUCAAUUGUCAAAUAUAUGCAAGGCUGACUUAUUACUUCCAAGGCGCAGUCUUUAUCGACUAACUGGUUUAGCCCGUUUUGAAUUUACUCAUGAAAUCUUAGCUAAUGAAGAGAGUAAUUUUCGUGGAAAGUAUGUGCCGAGGCAAAGGCGAAUUUCUGUUAUCUGCCGAGAAUUUCCAACAUCUCAAAAUGAUGUUACGUCUUCAAAACCAGAAAAUCAAAUGAAAAUAAUUCCACAAUCAGAAUAA